CAACGAAUACUUCAAAGUAAAAGUUAUAAAAGUGUGCGUUGCGUUCCUCAUUGCUGCAAUGUCGAGUGGCCCAGGGAGUGGAAAAUUCAAGCCAAAUGAGGGCGAUUGGGUCUGCCCAGACCCAAAAUGUGGAAAUGUAAAUUUUUCAAGAAGAAAUGAAUGCAAUCGCUGUGGUAAAGACAGGAAAGAAGGAAUUGUUUACAAGAAAGGCGGGACAGAUACUGGCAACCAAUCAGCAGAGAAAAAAAGGAAAGAUGGAACUGUAUUCAAGAAGGGUGGUACAGAAAUCGGCAAACAGUUAGCAGAGAAAAGUAAAGGGUUGUUCAGUGCCGAUGACUGGCAGUGUAAGAGCUGUGCUAAUGUCAACUGGGCAAGACGAAUGACAUGCAAUGUUUGCAAUGCACCUAAAUAUGGAAAACAGGAGCAAAGAACUGGAUUUGGCGGUGGUUUUAUGGAACGGGAUGAAAUUGUAGAGUACAAGGAGAGAAUUGAAGAAGAUGACGAUGAAUAUGAUGAGUUUGGAAGGAAGAGGAAGAAAUUCAGAGGGUCCACGGAGGAGAAAGCUGCGCCCCAAGGCCCACCAAACCCCCCACCCCCAGCACCACCAGGGCAGGAUGAUGAUGAUGAUGAAGAUGAAGAGGAGGAUGAUGAUGAAGAUGGCGACUUAGGUGCAUAUGAUCUUGGUGCAAGUGAUGAUGAUGACGAAAACACUAAAACCUCUGCCAAAUCCAGAUCCAGAAGUUCUUCGUCUGGCUCGUCUGGCUCCUCCUCCUCCAGAUCCUCUAGGUCAUCCAGAUCUCAAUCCCGUUCAAGCUCCAGAUCCCGGUCUAGAUCCCAUAGUGACAAGAGAAGACGGUCUAGGUCAAGAUCUAGGUCACCUGUAAGGAGAAGGUCAAGGAGCAGGUCAAGGUCACGAGACAGGCGAAGAUCACGGCGGUCAAGGUUUGAUAUAAAAGAGAGGAAUUCAACCUCCAGCAUGUGGGAAAUGCAGAUUAAUGGAUGUAACACAUGCAUGUUACAUUCAAGAGAAAUUUGAGUUUAAAUUUAUAUUGGAAUAGAUGAAUGUGUUUUAGACAUGUUCAUAUCUGGUUGUUAAACUAUCAAAUAAUGCCUUAUUACCGGCACACAACUUUUAAAUAUUCAGAGCUGUCAAUCUUUGAAAUUGAAUUUGGUGUUUAAUUAGUUAUGAAAUGUUUGGAAAGGGUAAAAUGAUGCAGAGUUGAUUUUGUUAGUGAAAAAUUGAUUAAAUUUGGACUCUUUUUUCUUUCACAGGUCUUGAAAUCCAGAAACCAAACCUUUAAUACCCUGACCAGAUGAGCUGAAAUAAUUAUUCAAGUUAUCAUGAUGCAGCAAGAUUUGAAAAAAUGAUCAACACAUUUGAAAAUUUGAUAUCUUGAAGUUUCCCAUUAUAAUAGCUUAGAAGAUUUCAUUUUCAAAAAAAUGAUUGUUAUAUACAUUCAGAAAUUUUAUAAUAAUAACUAGAUAAACCUUAUCUUAAUAUGUUAGUAAGGCAUUGGAAUUGGUAGUUUCACUGGUUGUUUACUGAUUCAAAUAUAACACAAACAUAGGAAUGUGUGAAUGAAGUAGGGCAAUGUUGUUUGUGAAUUCAUGCAUGGAGUAGAAAGGGUUAUGAGGUGGGUAUAGCUUCCAUAAAUUCACAAAUAUAAAAUAUAAUACAAAAAAUGCAUUUUGAUGUCCUUGACCUUUUAGAAGUACUUGUAAAAUGUUUCUUUGGUAACUGUUCUUCUGGCCAUUUAAACUACAGUAAAAUUCUAGUUGCAUCUCUUAAACAUCUUCAAUACAAACCUUGUGAGUUUUGACUGUAAUACAAACCAUGAUAUUCCAGAUCAUGUGUAAAUUUGCAUCAUUUAUAUAAUUAUAUGCAACUUUUGGUUAAUUAUUUGUUUUUUGUGGAUUUUAAAAAUGUGGUGUUAUCUUGAUUUAAAUAUCAAGUGUCAAGGUCAUUGGUGGGAAAGCAUCACUAGGAUUGGUAUGGGUUAAAAAAAGUAAUUUUAAAAUGUCAAAAGUUGUUUAAAAUUUCACGUUCAACUGGCUUUUAGUGUCUGGAGUAUCAUAGUAUUCCAAGUGAAAAUUCUUGACAUUAUACACGAGGUAGUGUUCUGCUGACUUAAACUUGCAUGCUCUUUUGCACCAUCAUAGGUUUUUCAUGUCACAUAUAAACACAUUUAUUUCAGAAAAAGGGCUUAUCUUCAGAUUUUAGCAUAUCCCCAAAUGUAAAAAAUAAAAAAGGAGGAACAUUUAGUGUACAGUUGGCCAGUUUGGUGUACAAUGUGUUUCUAAAUUUUACCCCACAUUAUGUAUAUUAUGUACUCCUAGAGUUACAUAUUAGAAUUGUUUGUUUUUAUGCAAGACUUGAGAUUAAUUCCUUCUCUAGAAAUUAAUUAACUUCUAAGAAUAAAAUAUGAAUUUAUUUUAAUGCAUUUCAUUGUUUGUGUCAAACACAUGUAGUCGAUCAUGGUUUGUGGUAUAAACAUUUUUAAUAGGGACUUGUAUUGCCGUUUCAUGACAAAAAACCGGUUUCUAGCAGAAUGUUCUGAGAUGUUUAUAUGCAUCUCUAUUUACUUGUAGCUUGUCAUUUUAAUUAUUUAUGUUACUUUUCCUUGAUUGUAGCCCGUUUGUGUUUUGUGGUUACUAUAUUGAUGACAAUAAAAGAAUUUCUUGCUGCU